AUGAAUCACUAUCCUCAAGCCUGGGGCCGGCCCAGAGACGACGUCUACGGCCCGUACGACAACUCGUAUUUCCAGGCAUCUGCGCCGCAAACGCAUACACAGUCGCCAGCCGUUACAGGGACAUCAGUGCUCGGAGUCAAGUUCAAGGACGGCGUGGUCAUUGCCGCGGACAAUCUAGCUUCAUACGGGUCUCUGGCUCGGUUCACCGAUGUCAAGCGUCUGCGGACGUUUCCUCCCAACACCGUGAUUGGAUUCGGCGGCGAUGUCUCAGACAUGCAAUACCUCGACCGGUUACUACAGUCGCUCGACAUUCGAGAAAACUACCUCUCCUCCUACGGACAUGUCCUCAAUGCGAAGAACCUACACACGUAUCUAUCGAAGGUGCUAUACAAGAGAAGAAGCGACUUCAAUCCCUUGUGGAACAUGUUGUUGGUGGCUGGUCUGGAUGACGACGACAAACCAUUCCUAGCAAGCGCCGACCUACUCGGAACCACCUUCUCAAGCCCUACGCUGGCCACCGGUUUCGGUGCGCACCUAGCACAGCCUCUAUUGCGAAAGCUGAUGCCACACGAUGAGGACAGCGUGAAGGACGUGACCAAGGAGAUGGCCGUCGAGGCUAUCAAGGCGUGCAUGAAAGUGCUCUUUUAUCGAGAUGCUCGGAGUUUGGACAAGUACAGCAUCGCUGUGGUGACGAAAGACGGGGUAGAGCUCAAGGAAGAUCAGAAACUGGAGGACCAAAGCUGGGCGUUUGCUGAUCAGAUUCGAGGGUACGGGACACAGGUGAAUUAG